AGCGCAAGGCAGGAACACGCCUCUUCUUACGAACUCGCAUCUAACCAGCCACGACACCAUGUCCACAAACGGCGAAAGUCCAGCACCAGAGGCUGCCGCCGACUCUAGAGACCCCAGCGGCUUCCUCAGCGAGAUUAUUGGCGCUCCUGUCACUGUCAAGCUGAACUCUGGCAUCAUCUACAAAGGUGACCUUCAGUCAGUCGAUGGCUACAUGAACAUUGCCCUUGAGCGUUGCAAGGAAGUCUCAGACGGCAAGGUUACGCGCAACUGGGGCGAUGCCUUUGUCCGUGGAAACAAUGUCACAUAUAUUUGCGCGGACAACGCAUGAGUAUACUAAGUGUGAACCUUGAAUCACAAAGCAGCCAUCUGUCCGUGCCUGUAUACACGCUAGCAUGACGGAGAAGCUAUCAUGUGCGCUCCUAUCAGUGUCAACCGGAGUUCGGCCAAGUGUCGUUGUAUCAACGCCUACAGCUUAAGCUUGUGCUACACUGUCUCCAUGCUCACCUGGCGGUAUGCAGCUGUAAUCGUACAUCACACUUAAGAGACCACAUAUUUGCAACCAACCAGAUUUUCCAU